UGCCCCUAAAUUUGGGCAGUUUUCUUCAAGAGGAGCUCCAAUUCCGCAAGUAGUCGGCCAUUUCUCGAAUGUUCUUCCUGUGCACCAAAGAAUUAUCCAGAAGGUCGUGGAUGUUGGCGGCGAUUAGAGUUUUAAACCUCGCGUCUUCCUAACCUGGCUCACUUCUGAUCUCCCAUGGCUCUCAACCCUAAUCUGUUUUCAAAUGGGAUGCCCGUUCCCUUCACCCACGAGCUUUUCGUAUUGGCUAGAGAUGGCGUUGAAUUUGAGGUUGAUAAGAUCCCCGGGGCUUCGAGUGAUCGUGUGAAAGCAAAAGGGACUAUUUACUUGUCAAAUGUACGCAUGGUGUUUGUGUCAAGUAAACCAGAUCCAUACUUCACGGCAUUUGACAUGCCUUUGCUCUAUGUUCAUGAUGAGAAAUUUAACCAGCCAAUAUUUUUCUGCAACAAUAUCUCUGGAUUAGUUGAACCUGUGGUGCCUGAAGACCAGCACAGGGCUCUCUACUCGACUCACUCGUUUAAGAUUUUGUUCAAGGAAGGAGGAUGUGGUACCUUUGUACCACUCUUCUUCAACUUGCUGUCUUCGGUGAGACAAUACAAUCAACAUAUGAAUGCAGGUCCUCAAGUUGAUCCAUUGCAGGCAGCACAAACUCCUGUCGAUGAAAUGAUGAGACAUGCCUAUGUGGAUCCAAAUGACCCGACGAGGAUCUUCUUACAACAGCCAACAGCGGAGUCCCAGUUAAGGAGGCGCACAUACCAAUCCCAACCAGCCGAAAAUGCAAUGUGAAGUUAGUGGAAUUUCGAUCUCGUACUAUAGAUUUGUUCGUUGGUUGGCAUGUUGUUGUUACUUGUACAGUUGAAGAAUGUGUUGAAUUUAAAGUUACAUGAGGUAGACCCAUUUGUCAUUUACAAAAGCUUCGACUCAACACUUCCAAUACGUUAUAUAGCCCUGUUGGUGCAUGAUGGCAUUGGUUCUGUGAUAUAUGGCUUUUGACUGCUA